UAUCACCAACUUCAUUGAAUGCGACAACAACAAAUUUCCAUGUGUCAAUCGUUAUCAAACCGAAAUGAAUUACGAAGUAUUUUAUUGCAUCCGUGGCGUUUUAAACAUUCUCAUUGAAGGUCCAGUGGUCUGAAGUUUCUCAGUGAUAAUACUUUUUAAGUUUAAGUAAUAUCUGGCACUUCUUAGUGCUUGCAGGUGCACAUUUUCAUUCACACAACGAAAAUGUGGAACACUCCUUCAGGAGAGAACUGGCUCCUGAUUCAUCUGAAUUUGAUAUUUUCUGUAAUUACUUAUUGGCUUACUAUUUCUUUGAUUCCAAAGUUCAAGCGCAGAUUCAUACAAAAAAAUUUAUUUGGCUUUGAUCUACAUAAAGUCAAAGGACCGAAAAUACCUGAAGCGUUUGGAUUUAUAGUUGGGCUAACAUACUUGGUUACACUUUUUAUAUUCUCUGCAAUUGCUUUUCGGCAGUCGAUUUUACGGGAUCACAACUGUCCACAGAAAGAGUUCGUAGAAUCUGUAGCAGGGCUGUUGUGCAUUUCAUGCAUGUUGAUGUUUGGUUUUGCGGACGAUGUUUUGGAUAUUCCAUGGCGUUACAAAUUGCUACUACCUUCAAUUGCAUCAUUACCAUUACUUAUGGUUUACUAUGUAAAUUUCAAUUCCACAACAGUUAUUUUGCCAAAAUUCUUGCGAUCAACCUUUGGACUAUCAGUUAAUUUAGGUAUUUUCUACUAUGUGUACAUGGGUAUGCUGGCUGUUUUUUGCUCAAAUGCAAUUAACAUUCUAGCAGGAAUUAAUGGGUUAGAGGCUGGACAGUCACUCAUCAUUGCGCUGUCGGUUUGUCUUUUCAAUAUCAUUGAGAUGUUUGGAGAGUUUUGGCAGCCUCAUCAGUUCUCCCUAUUUUUCAUGAUACCUUUUGUUUCAGUUACUUUAGCGCUCUUAAAAUUUAAUUGGUGCCCGGCAGAAGUAUUCGUGGGUGACACAUAUUGUUAUUUUGCUGGAAUGACAUUAGCAGUAGUUGGAAUUCUAGGUCAUUUUAGUAAAACGUUAUUGUUAUUUUUCAUCCCCCAAAUUUUCAAUUUUCUCUAUUCCGUACCGCAGCUUUUUCAUUUUAUGCCUUGCCCAAGGCAUAGAAUGCCAGCAUUAAAUGAGGAUAAACUCCUAGUGGCAAGCAAAGUUGCUUUUGCAAAAAGUGAAUUGACACUCCCAGGAAAAUUUUGCAUUAAGAUUCUAAAGAUCGUUAAACUUCUAGACUCAAGGGAGAGCAAAGACAUAAUGGAGUGCAAUAAUCUAACUCUUUUAAAUUUGGUUUUGAUCUAUUCUGGACCUGUCCGUGAAGCUAGUCUAACUAAAAUCCUCCUAUUAAUACAGGUUCUUUGCAGCUGCAUUGCUUUCACAAUUCGAUACCCUUUGGCUUCAGUUUUUUACGGAGCAUGACAAAAAUCAGCUUAAUUUUUUCACAGUGCACAACUGCGUGGAUCUCACAGGCAAAAGAGGUUGUUAUACCUUAGUCAAAUGCAUUGUAUACUGGUAUCUUAAUUUACCCACUUCAAAUCAAUUUAAUGAAUGAAUGAAUAUCAGCCAAUGUCUAUGUCUGGUUCCUAAUAAUGUUUGUUUUCCUUCUAAUUUAAUUACAGUUGACGCCCUCAGGAUCGCAGGUACCUAAUUAAAUCCUGAAAAAAAAUAUGGUAAUGAAUGAGGAUCAACUCUGUUUUAGUAAAGGAUAUGAUUAAUUGUUUCAUUAGUAAAAUCAACUAGUUGGUGCUCCACAUUAAUACUUAAAAUUACGUUCAUUAUAUUUAACUAGUUUAAGAGUUAAUCAUAUUAUUUACCAAAAUAGAGUUGACAUGAUAACGAAAAUAAGGCUAAAUAAUCAGGAAAGUACACUUAAAUUGAAAAUAAAAUCGCUAAAAUUUAAAAAAGCUCAAACUUUCUUCACUUAAUUUUGUAGUGUUUUAAAUUUUAGCGAUUUUAUUCUCAAUUGAGUUAAUGUUACCUUAAUUUAUAUUGAUGCAUUGUUCUGUUCGGUAAUAACCCAACUCUCAAUCAGUGGCGUGCUUUGCGGUAAAUCGAUCCAUCUGCCAUUUAAACAUGAGACUGUGUUAGAAUUUAUUUAACAAUAAACAGCCUGCUAGAAGGUCUAGACUUCAGUAAUCUGCUAAUCAGAUGUGGUAAAUUUGUGAUAAGAACAAAUUACGAGGUAAGGUCGAGUUUUCUUUUAUAAUGUUUGUUUUUGUUAUUCUUUACUGCCAGAGAGAAAAAAAUUAAUUCUAUAUUGGUGCAGACCACAACUGUUAACAAAAGAACCAAAAUUCUGUACAUAAUUGUUAAUUUUUCAUGCCGAGUGGUGGGUCAUAUCAAAAGAGAGAAGA